AUGUCCUCCAGCGAUUCCCUCCAAUUAGCCCAGGUCCUCGCAGACCUCAACACCCUCCAGAACACUGAUCCCGAAGCUGCCCAUGCCCUCCUCCUGGCCAACAAGACCCUCUCCCAAUCCCGCUUUCUCAACCGCAAGGCCCGCGCCAGCAUCCCGCGCGACCCCCCCGAGUUCGACUUCCUGGGCCGCCGCAUCACCAGCCCCAAGUCGCCGCCAAGCUUCUCGCGCGCUGCCUCUAGUACCAGCGUGAGGAGUAGAGGCUCGCAGUCGGGCGUCGUGAGCCCGCCCACGCCCGUGCUUCCGUCUUCUGGUCGGGAUGAUGAGGAUAUAAAGAAGGCAGAGGAGUUGGUCAGGCUCUAUGAUAUGAGGUGGAAGUUUAAGCAGAUGGGAGACACGGGCCUCACGAGAGCGAAGGAGAGGGUUGAUCUAGUGGUGGAGAAGUAUGCUCAGAGGGAGCUUGAGGAGAGGAGGAGGGCUUAG